CCACUGUAGCCCACACUUACUUUGGCAAAAGAAAAUUUGGAAGCAGUUACUUGGAGACAGUUGGCAUCGCGUCUGUGAGGAAACAGCAGCACAAUGAAGCACUUUCUGAGGAUGUUGAUCCAGGUUUGCCUGUAUUUUUACUGUAAAUUUUUGUGGCGCUGCAUGAAGUUUGUGAUGCGGAAGCUCACAGGAAGGUGUGAGCUGCAAAGGAUUUGCUACAGCACCAAGCCUGGAGCUUCUAGAACCAUGAAAAUCGAAACAUCACUGCGGGAUUCGAAAAGUAAGCUCUUGCAGACAUCAGUGAGUGUUCACCCCGAUGCCAUCGAAAAGACUAUUGAUGACAUCAUGGAACUGAAACAAAUUAACCCUGACAUCAACCCACAGUUGGGAAUCUCUCUCCAGGCUUGCCUUCUGCAAAUCGUGGGUUACAGAAACCUCAUUGCAGAUGUGGAAAAACUGCGCAGAGAGCCCUACGAUUCUGACAACCCCCAGCACGAAGAGAUGCUUUUGAAGCUAUGGGAGUUCCUGAAGCCCAACACACCACUGGAAUCUCGGAUUUCUAAGCAGUGGUGUGAGAUUGGUUUCCAAGGUGAUGAUCCAAAGACGGAUUUUCGAGGAAUGGGUCUCCUGGGACUUUAUAAUUUACAAUAUUUCGCAGAACGGGAUGCCACAGUGGCUCAGCAGGUCCUCUCCGACUCUCUUCAUCCAAAAUGCAGCAAAUUCAGCAAAGCAGAAUGGGAAAAGAAAAGGAUGGAUAAAGCAAUCGGGUACUCCUUUGCAAUUGUGGGCAUCAACAUCACUGAUCUGGCAUAUAAUCUGCUUGUGAGUGGUGCUCUGAAAACUCAUUUCUACAACAUCGCCCCGGAAGCACCAACGCUGUCUCACUUCCAACAAACAUUCUGCUAUCUGAUGCAUGAGUUUCACAAGUUUUGGAUUGAGGAGGACCCCAUGGACAUAAUGGAAUUUAACCGUGUGCGGGAGAAAUUCCGCAAGAGGAUCAUAAAGCAGCUGCAGAACCCAGACAUGGCGCUGUGCCCGCAUUUCGCUGCAUCUGAGGGUUUGAUCAACAUGUAGUGUCCAUGCCUGUUCCAAUGGACCCCAAGAACACUGCCUCAUCGUUGUCUUCGAUCUCUGCUUAGGUGACAGCUCACACGCCGAAUGCACAUAGUGAUCAUACGUGUAUAUAUAUAUGCAUGCCUUUUGGUACAGUAUUUUCAUCUCUUGGUCAUAAUUCCAAGAUUCCCCCAAAUACCACUAUUUCUGGAGUAUCUACCUUCCAGUGACUGCUCAUAUUGUGGCAUUAUGCAGUGUUAGCAUCUGUCCUUGACACCCAGGUAUGGAGAAAGUUUUCUAUUUUUUUAGAUUUUUUCCCUCCCCCUCAUCAUUCAAUAUUAAAAAUGUGUAAUAAUUCUCUAGCUAUAAUUUGUAUGUAAGAGAUUUAACUGAGCCUCAUUCUGUGUUCAUAUUUAUUAAAAUGUUUCAUGAGGACUGCUGCUAGCUUCUCAAGCCAGGUUCAUGCUUGGACCUCAUUCUGGUAAAGUAUAAGACUUUAAAAUAAUACAGACAGACACAUGAUAAGCCAAAAUCAUCCUGCACAUAUAACUGCACUUCACAAAAAAUGUAACAAGGCUAUAAGAAAUCAGCUUAAAUAGGAGCCAUCCUUAUGAGAAAUCCUGCAGACCUGUAGCCUAACUUAACCACAGUUGCAACUGUGCCGUAGUCAUCAGGAUAGAAAUGUGUUUUAUUUCCACCACUUCAAGGCUUGGAUGUCUAAGUAUGUGUAUGAUGCUUGGAGCCCCAGAAAAGAAGCCAUAUCUUUCCAAGACUGUGAAGGGUUUUUCACUGCCUGUCCCUUGCUAAACCCAGAGUUGGCCCUCAGCACUACCCCAAACUGAGCAUAGGGGAUUGAGGGCUGACUGGUUUGUUUUCUAUGUUGAGGGGCAAUAUUUUAAAAAA